AUGUUAGGUGCAAUAUUUGCUGUCAAUUUUAGGACAAUACCACCGGAGCUGUCUUAUAGAAGUAAACCUGGACAAUGGAAAUGUGACAGUUUUGACAUUGCAGUUUUCCAAAGAGCUCAAGCAAUGGUUUUUGCAAUUGAAGAAAUAAAUCAGGAUCAGACUCUUCUUCCUGACCUGACAUUGGGGUACAAACUGUAUGAUAACUGUGUGAAUCUCCAAGAGGCAAUGAGAGGGACAGCUUCGUUAAUUGGUGGAGAAGAUGACAUUUUUAACAAUUAUCAAUGUCAAGGGGUCCCUCCUGUCAUUGCUAUUAUUGGAGAUCCCCUUUCACUACAUUCUAUUUCUAUAUCAAGAAUACUGGCUCUGUUUCGCAUGCCUCUGAUCAGCUAUUGUGCAACCUGCUCCUGCUUAAGCAACAAGCAGGAAUUUCCUACUUUUUUCAGAACUAUUCCAAGUAACACUGUUCAUGUGAGAGGAAUGACAACACUGAUGAAACAUCUUGGUUGGACUUGGGUAGGUGCAGUAGGAGCUGAUGAUGACUAUGGGCUUAAUGCUCUGUUGAGUUUUAAAGAGGAAGUCGAAAAAUUUGGAUGUGUUGCUUUCUCAGAAACCAUCAAUAUCAAUGACAGAACAAAAAUAUUUCAUAUAAUCAACAUUAUAAAACAAUCAACAGCAAACGUCAUUGUUUUGUUUCUAACAAAAAUGGUUGUCACUGUGUUAAUGAAAGAGAUUGUUCACCAGAACAUUACUGGCAGGCAGUGGAUAGCAAGUGAUCCAUGGAGUGCUCAUCCUGUUUUAGCCAGCAAUGAGAACUUCGCCUCAUUUGGUGGAACUAUAGGCUUCCUCACAAGACGGGUAGAGAUGCCAGGAUUUGAACAAUUCCUUCUCCAAACAAAACCUAGUUUAGACUCCAAUAAUAAUCUUUUGGCCCAGUUCUGGGAAGCACUAUUUCGAUGCAAAUUUCCAACAAAUGAACCUAAAACAAAUGCUUCUGUUGUAGAAGAACGAGUGUGUACUGGAUCAGAGGACAUUAAGAGUACAAAGACAGAAUAUAGUGAUGUAUCACAGAUUAGAUCUUCCUUUAAUGUCUAUAAAGCUGUGUAUGCCAUUGCACAUGCCUUACAUAAAUUAGCUUCUUGUGAAAAUGGAAAAGGGCCCUUCAGGAACAAUACCUGUGCAUAUAUGUCAAAUGUACAACCAUGGCAGGUUUUCCAUUAUCUUAAAAACAUGAGUUUUACAACUCGCUCAGGAGACAGAAUGGCAUUUGAUGAAAAUGGUGACACACUUCCAGUCCUUGAUAUAAUAAACUGGCAGAAAGACAAAGAUGGCACCAUGAUAAUCAAAACUGUGGGUUUUUUUAAUGAUUCAGCUGUAGCUGGGCAGAAGCUUACGAUUAAUGAAAGCAGUAUAUUCUGGAAUUUUGAUUCAGGAAAGUGUUUGGAAUCAUCUUUGUGUAUUUUUGGUAUUCUUAUAAAGACAAUUAAUGUACUGAUGGUAUUCAAAGUUACACUGCCUGGUAAUAACAUGAGGAAAUGGUCUGGUGCUGCCCAACAGGGAAAAACAGUCUUUGCUCUUAGUUUUAUUCAUUUAUGGUUAGUUACAGCUCCUACCGUUCCAGCAAAAAACACAAAGUAUAACAAUGCCAAAAUCAUCUCUGAAAUUGAUAUUGGAAUUGGCUUUUUGGCUUGUGUUUACUUUAUGAUAGCUUUUUUUACAGGACACAUACCAAUAACAUUUAAUGAGGGCAAAUUCAUCACUUUCAGCAUGCUUAUCUUCUGUGCAACAUAUAUUACUUUCAGACCUAAUUAUGUCAGCACACCAGGUAAGUUCACAGUGGCAGUGGAGAUCUUUGCUAUUCUAGCAUCACGUUUUGGAGUCCUUGUUGCAAUAUUUGAUCCAAUAUGUUAUAUAACUGUACUGAGACCAGAGCUAAACACUCGCAGAAUUAUGAGGGGUUGA